AUGCGCAUUGUUGGUGGCGCGCGGCGGCGUCAGCUUAGGUCCGCUUUUCCCGCGACACCCCCCACGCGACCCCCACGGGGCGCACGAGGCUCACAACGCGCACGAGGUCCACCUUACGCAGUCAUGGCGGCUUGCUGCACAAAACCAGCUCGGCCUUUCCCAUUCGGCCGACGGGUGAUCCGCGGGUCCGCGGAAGCGCGGACCCGCGGAUGCGCCCGGAACGGCCUUCCGAUGCGGCCCGUGCAAACGCACCUGCCGCGGACGCUUGCCGCAGACGCCUGCAUGCACCGUAAACCGAGCGCGCGUUGCCAUUGGUUCGCCCGCCAACCUUUCCCCUUAACGGCGCACUCGCGCGCAGACACAUUCUCGGCACGCGCGGCGCGCCUGCCGGCGUUCGCCGCAGUGCCUGCACUACGGCAGGGGGCGAGGGGUCUGGGUGUGCAGCGGCCAGGGGUGCAUGGGCGUGCGUGCGCCGCAACAUCCGAACCUGCCCAUAAGUACGCGCUGCCGGCCUACGGGGAGGCUCGGGUAGGCAGCGGCCAGCAGCAGCAGCGGCCAGCAGCAGCACGCCCAUGCACCCAGGAACAAGCCCCCUUAGUCCGUUGCAGACCGGGGCAACGGCGGCGAUGA